AUGUAUCUAUCUAUCUCAGUCUGUUUAUAUCUAUCUAUCUAUCUAUCUAUCUAUCUUGUCUGUUCAUAUCCAUCUAUCUAUCUAUCUAUCGCAGUCUGUUCAUAUCUAUCUAUCUAUCUAUCUAUCUAUCUAUCUAUCUAUCGCAGUCUGUUCAUAUCUAUCUCAUUCUGUUCAUAUCUAUGUAUCUAUCUACCUCAGUCUGUUUAUAUCUAUCUAUCUAUCUAUCUAUCUAUCUAUCUAUCUAUCUAUCUAUCUCUGUCUGUUCAUUAUCUAUCUAUCUUGUCUGUUCAUAUAUAUCUAUCUAUCUAUCUCAGUCUGUUCAUAUCUAUCUCAUUCUGUUCAUAUCUAUCUAUCUAUCUAUCUAUCUGGUCUGUUCAUAUCUAUCUAUAUAACCCUUUUGCGGACACAAAAGAGAGAGAACUAAAACCUAUAAAUGAAUGUGUGGCCUUUCUGCUGUCAGCCUAA